UGUUACUCAUUUUCGCGCAGUUCACUCGAACAGCAACACCAUGCCUGAACCAGCUAAGACCGCGCCCAAGAAGGGUUCCAAGAAAGCCGUGACCAAGACUGCAGGGAAAGGCGGCAAGAAGCGCAGAAAGACCAGGAAGGAGAGUUACGCCAUCUACGUGUACAAAGUCCUGAAGCAGGUGCACCCUGAUACCGGGAUCUCCUCUAAGGCCAUGGGCAUCAUGAACUCGUUCGUCAACGACAUUUUUGAGCGCAUCGCCGGUGAGUCUUCUCGUCUGGCUCACUACAACAAGCGCUCCACCAUCACCUCUAGGGAGAUCCAGACUGCCGUGCGUCUGUUGCUUCCCGGAGAGUUGGCCAAGCACGCCGUGUCUGAGGGCACAAAGGCCGUCACCAAGUACACCAGCUCCAAAUUUCAAUUCCUUGGACCUGUGUGGAUUUUUGUGGAUUAUUUGUGUUGGAAUAUAUUACCCCAGUGAAGAAAGAGACGCGUCUAAAGUCACCUGGUAUGAAGUUCAGGACUUAAGACUUAUAUCAGACUUUAUAUCUCAGAACACUGACUUUUGCCUUGGGACACACAUCCACUAGAUGGCGACACCUGACCGCAGUAAGUGAACCCCACAAUGUGCUGCAUCUGUUUCUGCUCUCUUUCAGUAAACUUUCAUCCUCAACAUUAUCGUGCAGAACAUUUCAGGUCAACAAGAUUCUGGCUCUGGCUCUUGCUGUUCCCAUGUGUGCGGUCAUCCGCAACCAGCACAAGGUUUGCCUCGUCUGCUGGCAAACAUAUCUAUUUUGUCCUCCUCCGCUAACCGGACCCUAUCGUAUACUUACAAUCUGGUGAUUGUCAAGACUGUGACACAGUUGUUCAGGAUGCUCUCAAUCACACGGUGAUAAAAGCAGAGAGUUGAUCAGGAGCGCCGCUAGGGCACUCACCCUCUGCCUGUGGUAAGGGGGAAAGAAAUCGGAUUACUAAUGUGCUGUUGUGCUCUCUCCUGGACAAAUUUGCUUCCUUCCUGCCUGCCUGCUGUGCCUGAACCACGCUCAUGGAGAGGACUGCUUCACCUUGCUACUGCCGUCCAUCCUCAUGCUGACUAGGCUGGGACCCUGGAUCCCUGCACAAGAGCCCCUAUCACCCUGGAAAAGGAGGGACAAGUUUUGUUUCCACCUUAUCAGGGGUUUUGUCCGCACUAAAAUUGCAUCUGUACCUUAAAGUAAAAUAAAGCCAACUCAUGGUUUCCCUA